AUGUCUCUCAGUGCUGAUGCUUUUGAGCCUAUGUCAAAAAGUGAUGCUAAGCAGAGGGCCAUUCUUGUGGAAUGGUUGAACAGUCUUCUUCCUAAUUUAAGUUUGCCAAUGAAUGCCUCUGAUGAAGAAUUACGAGAAAUCUUGGUUGAUGGCACACUGUUAUGCCAAUUGUUGAACAAAUUAAAACCUGGUUGUGUGACAGAGCAUGGUGGUCCUGCUCAGUCUCCAGAGUCACGGUCUGAGAAUGUCAAAAGGUUUUUAGCAACUAUGGAUCAAAUGGGGUUGCCCAGAUUCCAGUUAUCAGACCUGGAAAAGGGGUCCAUGAAAAUGGUGUUGGAGUGCCUUUUAACUCUCAGAGCACAUUUUAUGCCAAAUGCAAGGGCACAUCAUCAUUUUGGCGCACAUUCAACCAAUCAAUUAGGAAGUGAUGGAAGUACAAAAUGGAAGUUGUUAGGGGACUGUUUUCGCAGUGGUCAUGGUGUUCAUAAAUAUUCUCCCUUUCAACAUGCAUCACACAGUCCAGUUAUGGCAGAACCAUCAGCGACAAUGAAGCAUCAUGUCGGGCAUAAGUUCCAUGAGGUAUUUCAGCUCAAACAUGGGCGUUAUGCAGAUCUCCCUGCUUCCAAGAUUUCUGAAAUGAUGAAAUCAAACAGUUUGGAUAAUGCCCCAACUCAGUCACUUUUAAGUGUUGUAAACGGAAUUCUAGAUGAAAGCAUUGAGCGGAAAAAUGGGGAGAUUCCUCAACGAGUGGCAGGCCUUUUGAGGAAAGUUGUACAAGAGAUUGAGCGGCGAAUAUCUACUCAAGGGGAACACUUGAAAACGCAAAACAAUCUUUUCAAGGCCCGAGAGGAGAAGUACCAGUCUAGGAUUAGAGUACUUGAAGCCCUUGCAACUGGGAGUAAUCAAGAGUCACAGGUAGUCAUUCUUGCACUGCGAAAAAGGAAUGUAGAAGAAAAAAGGAAUGUCGAGGAGCAGGACCUGGUUAAAACGAUAAAAGAGAAGGAUGAUUUCAGUCAUGAAAUCACAGCUUUGAAGCAAGAGCUAGAAGUAUCGAGGAAAAUGCACGAGGAACAUUGCUUACAAAUGGAAACAGAAGGUAGAGGAGUUCAACAAGAAUUAGAGAAGAAGUUGAAGGAGGUCAUGAACUUUCUAGCAGAGUCAAGAAAUAGGGUGAAGGAACUUGAGGCGUUAUCUGAAUCAAAAUCUUUGGGAUGGACCAAGAAAGAGCACAUAUACCAAAUAUUUACAGAAUUCCAACUUGGCGCACUGCGUGAACUCAGGUUUGCUUCGCAGUCAAUCAAGCAAGAAAUUGUGAAAACACAAAAAAGCUACUCAGAGGAAUUUAAUGUCUUAGGAAUGAAUGUCAAAGCUAUGCAGAAAGCAGUUCAAAGCUAUUAUGCAAUGCUGGCUGAAAAUCAAAAGCUACACAAUGAGCUCCAAGAGCUAAAAGGAAAUAUCAGAGUUUAUUGUCGUAUAAGGCCAUUUCUCCCGGGUCAGAGAGAAAAGCAGUCAACCAUUGAAUAUGUUGGUGAAAAUGGAGAACUCAUUAUUGUAAAUCCUGCCAAACAAGGAAAAGAAAGUCGUCGUUCAUUCAAAUUCAACAAGGUUUACAGUCAAGCUGCUACACAAGCUGAAGUAUUUUCAGAUACGCAGCCAUUAAUACAAUCAGUUUUGGAUGGAUAUAAUGUGUGCAUAUUCGCUUAUGGCCAGACUGGAUCAGGGAAAACCUAUACUAUGACUGGACCUGAUAAAGCAUCUGAAGAUGAAUGGGGUGUUAACUACCGAGCCUUAAACAAUCUGUUCCAAACUUCUCAGAAUAGAGAGCACGCAUUUUCUUACGAAAUUUCUGUUCAGAUGGUGGAAAUAUAUAACGAGCAAGUCCGUGACUUACUCUCAACGGUCCCAGAUGCAACCAUGUACCCAGUUAAAGCGACAUCUGAUGUAUUGCACCUGAUGGAUGUUGGACUGAAGAAUAGAGCUAAAGGUUCCACAGCACUAAACGAAAGAAGCAGUCGAUCACACAGCAUCCUGAGUAUACAUGCUCGUGGGGUAGAUCAGAAAACCCGAUCUUCUAUGCAGAGUAGUCUUCAUCUAGUGGAUCUUGCGGGAAGUGAAAGAGUAGACCGCAGUGAAGUCACAGGUGAUAGAUUAAAGGAGGCACAACACAUAAACAAAUCAUUGUCUGCCCUUGGAGAUGUCAUCUCUGCUUUGGCACAAAAGAGUCCUCAUAUUCCAUAUAGAAAUAGCAAGCUCACUCAAGUCCUUCAGGGCUCGUUGGGUGGAAAUGCGAAGACUCUCAUGUUUGUGCAACUUAACCCUGAAGUUAAUUCUUAUUCAGAAACUCUAAGUACCUUGAAAUUUGCUGAAAGGGCAUCUGGAGUUGAGCUAGGUGCUGCUAAAAGCAGCAAAGAUGGCAGGGAUGUUAGGGAAUUGAUGGAGCAGGUUGCAUCCCUAAAAGACACAAUUGCGAAGAAAGACGAGGAAAUUGAGAGAUUACAACUCCUCAAGGAUCUCAAAAAUGUGUACGCUGGAGCCAAUAAUGAUGCAAAUUCACUGAGGUAUGGGACUCCUCAACGAAGCAUGAAAUUAUCUGGUGAGGAAGGCUCAGGACUAAUAGAGAAAGCAGCUUCUGAUGAAGAUAACUCAGAGGAAACUGAUGGCUCAGUGGAAAGAAGUCCCCUUGCUGAAGGAGCAAGGCGAUCUGAGAAUAUUGAUAAAUUGAAAAUAGUAGUUAGAUCACCUAGAGCAGGAGAAAAAUCACCAAAGGAGUCUCCAAGAGUCUCAACUGGAUUGAAGAAAUCAGCCAGUGGAGCCAAUUUAUCACCUAAACCUCCCACUCCCAGAAGGUGGCAAUGAGAGGAAGCAAUUUUACAAAAUUUCAAUUUGAU